GAGAAACGGGCGGAAGUGCGCCGUGAGCGGGGAAGACCACGCCGCCCUGCCCAGAGUGACGUGAGCAGCGUGGGCGACAAUGGCGAGGACAGGGGACGUAUGAACGCUUAGACCCUGAUCAGACGAAAGGGAUGGCCGGCUGCGAUUCCGACUCCCUCCUACAGCAGUUAGAGGCUCUGGGGAGAAAGUGGAGCACACUCUACUUAAAGGGGCACCCGGGACCUUGAUGGAGGGCCAGAGUGGGACAGUGGGUUUCGGCCUGUUUCCCUCUCCAGGGUUGAGUCACCCUUCCCCAGGAUUGGCCAAGAGCUUUGCGCCCCUCACCACCUCCUUGGGGAUCCUGCUUUUCCCUUCAGCGUCCAGUUCUAUCCUGUCCUACUCCUAGGUGCGGCCUUGCUCUUCUCCCUGGGGAGAGGCCGGGUUCUGACGGCCCGCCUGGAGGCCCCGGAUGGCUCUGGGAGCACUUACCGAACCCAGCUCUCUUUAGGACCCAGGGGAAGUCAUUUACCCCACGCCUAUCCCUUGGGCGAGUUCCCGGUUUCUGAGGUGGGCAGAGCCAUCACCGGAAAGGUGACGGUGAUACCUGUGCCCGGUACCCAGGCCAGAAGUCUCUUGUGUCCUGAUCUCAGGUAGGCCUGGAAAAGGGCAACGGUGCCUCUCUCGAACCACAGCCGCAGGCAAAUAGGGGUCCAGGCCAGCGUCCCCUGCCCAAGGGUUUACUCCCCAAUUGGACUACCAUGAAACUGCACCAAAAGCCCGUGCUCAGUUUCUUCCGUGGAUGCAGAACACAGGCUCCAGACCGGGAGGGCAUCUUGCUAAAGAAGGGAACCCGAAAUACCAGCUAUCAACGCCGCUGGUUCAUCCUCCGGGGAAACCUCCUCUUCUACCUGGAGAACCAGGCGGAUCACACCCCCCUGGGCCUCAUUCUCUUGGAAAACAGCCAGGUGGAGCCACGCCUUGGGGCCACAGAACCCUAUGCCUUUACCAUCCUGACCCCCAGGGCUGAGGGCACAGGUGGGCGGGCCUACAAGCUAGCAGCAGAAAACCAGGAAGAGCUGGGAGCCUGGCUGUGGGCGCUGGCUGGGGCGAGCUGGAGGCGGCUGGUGGUGCUAUUGCCCCCCCUGGAGGCCCGGUACCGGGAGCUGUGCCAGGCAGCUGGCAAGGAGCCCAGCUCACCCCCAGAGGACUGCGGCUUCCUAGCCACCCUCAGUACCCCCUACAGCUUCCAGGAGUUGCACGAGCACUUUGGGAAGGAGAUCCGGGUGUUGCAGAUGGUACGUAGAAGGCCCCAGGCCAGUCCCAAUGGAAGCAGCAGAUCCCAGGCAGAGGAGGAGCAGGAGCUCAACAGCUGUUGAUGAGUGACUGAAAGAUGGACCAAAGACCAAGAGGUACUUACCUGCCAAGACCAGCCAACUGCUUCAGGAGACACCCAGAUCCAGGCCUGCUCCAU